AUGUACACUUACGCCCGUUCCCACAAGGAUAAACACAAAUCCAGUCGACUGCAACCCUACACACCAAACGACAACCUGAACAAUGCCUUAGGCUCUAUCAGAGUGCUUGGUUUGGAGCUGAUCGCUGACGAACUUAAGCCACAUCUGAACACAGUGCUAAUCAACAUUAAGGAAAGAACGAAAGGCGCUGCUGAGCAGGUAGUGGUCAGUGGGAUCUUGCCAAUUCUGGCCCUGUCUCUGAGAAGCAGGGGGCCCCUUACUCUGCUGACCGCAAAACUGGUAGCUGAACUUGCCAAAGAACCUGUGGUUCGUAAAGGUUUCAGUGACGCGGGUUUGGUUCCGGCUUUGCUGUCUGUGCUGACCAGUCCAGACCAAGAACUGCUCCUUCACGCUGUAAGAGCCAUCUCACGCAUGUCUUAUGACAGCUCUAAGCUGCAGGAACUGUUACUACGUCGAGGUGCAGUGCCUUGUCUUGUUGCCAUCCUGCUCCGUUUCCCUGAGAAGGAGGCUCUGGAGGAAGAGUGCCUUCAGGCCCUCUGUAACCUCAGUGGCAUGGGAGUGGCAGAGGAGGCUGGCGUGGUCUGGGAGAGGGGUGCAUCGGUGAGGCCAGGAGAAUUGGUUUUUCACGGCGUUUCUCCUCAAACCUGUGGUCUGGCCUCCUCUGUGACUCUGGUGUGUGUGUCUCAAUGGGCGCCGGGUCAAUACGCGGUCAACAUCGAGGUUUUCCAGCGCUGCUCCUCCUCUUUCUGGAACCUUCACGGGAACAAACGGAACACUCGUUGGCUCCCGUUCUCCAGCUUGGGAAGCUGUUCAAAUCUGUACAAGGUGAUCAAGUUCUCUACGAGGAAGGUUCCCCGAACUAAAAGUCUGAAGAGUCGCGUGUUCCACACUUUCCUCUGA